UUCUUCCAUCGCAACAUAAAACCCCCGUUUCACUCGCGAAAGUUGGAGAGUCGAGAUUGGCGACGGCGGCGGAGAAUGGCGAUGAUGGUUGCGGCGGCACGGCGGCUCGCGGGCCGAUCCGGUGCGGCGCCGGCGUUGUCGAACGUGGUGCUCCGCUCGGCGACACUGCAGACCAUGGCGGGCGCGUUCAGGGAGGAGCGGGACACCUUCGGUCCGAUCAUGGUACCUGCCGACAGGUUGUGGGGUGCGCAGACGCAGAGAUCGCUGCAGAACUUUGAUAUAGGCGGCGAGCGUGAGCAGAUGCCGGAGCCGAUCAUUAGGGCGUUCGGUGUUCUCAAGAAGUGUGCUGCCAAGGUAAACAUGGAGUAUGGUCUUGAUCCAACUGUUGGGAAAGCAAUAAUGCAGGCUGCCCAAGAAGUUGCUGAGGGGAAAUUGAAUGAUCAUUUCCCACUUGUCAUUUGGCAAACUGGCAGUGGGACUCAGAGCAACAUGAAUGCCAAUGAGGUUAUUGCAAAUAGAGCAGCUGAAAUUCUUGGGCAUAAACGAGGUGAAAAGUUUGUACAUCCAAAUGAUCAUGUCAAUAGGUCUCAAUCUUCAAAUGAUACAUUUCCAACUGUUAUGCACAUAGCUGCAGCUGUGGAAAUUAAUUCCAGAUUUAUACCAAGCUUGAAACAGCUGCACAGUUCACUUCAUACUAAGUCUCUUGAAUUCAAAGAUAUUGUCAAGAUUGGCCGAACGCAUACUCAAGAUGCCACUCCUCUAACUCUUGGCCAGGAGUUCAGUGGUUAUACCACACAGGUAAAAUAUGGUAUUGAGAGAAUAAUCGGGACUCUGCCUCGCAUGUAUCAGCUUGCCCAAGGUGGUACUGCUGUAGGCACCGGGUUGAACACCAAAAAAGGAUUUGAUGUGAAAAUUGCAUCUGCAGUAGCUGAGGAAACCAAUCUAUCAUUUGUCACUGCAGAGAACAAGUUUGAAGCAUUGGCUGCGCAUGAUGCUUUUGUUGAGACGAGUGGAGCCUUAAAUACAAUUUCUGCUUCUCUUAUGAAGAUAGCAAAUGACAUACGACUUCUCGGAAGUGGUCCACGUUGCGGACUUGGCGAGCUUAUCCUACCUGAAAAUGAGCCUGGCAGCAGUAUAAUGCCUGGAAAGGUCAAUCCUACUCAGUGUGAGGCUCUUACGAUGGUUUGUGCUCAGGUGAUGGGCAAUCAUGUUGCAAUAACUGUUGGUGGAUCAAAUGGUCAUUUUGAGCUCAAUGUUUACAAGCCACUGAUUGCUAGUGGUCUUCUUCGAUCUCUUAGACUACUUGGAGAUGCAUCUGCAUCCUUUGAAAAGAAUUGUGUGAGAGGAAUUAAAGCAAACCACCAAAGAAUUUCAAAAUUGUUGCAUGAGUCCCUGAUGCUGGUCACAUCUUUGAACCCUAAAAUUGGUUAUGAUAACGCUGCAGCUGUUGCUAAGAAAGCUCACAAAGAAGGGACGACAUUGAAGGAUGCUGCAUUGAACCUUAAUGUGCUCACUGCUGAAGAAUUUGAUGAGCUUGUGGUACCAGAGAAAAUGCUUGGACCCUCUGAUUAGUAACGUAUUUCAUUUUUCUUCUACUAUGCUCGUGAACAUUCACAGAAGCAACAUUUUGGCACUUGUGGCCCUUGUUCUAGACGGCAGCAAGAAGUGCAAAUGAUAAAUAAACAGAAUAUUUUUUAUUCUUGAUUUCCUCUAGGAAUGCGUUUGUUCCACUUGAGAAACAAUUUUUUAUGUUGGUCAUGCCAACAUCACGAAAUCAUUUGAUGCUGUAAAGCUGAUUACUUUUAUAAUUGUUAUAAAGCAUUUUUAUGAUC